CGCAUCGAAUGAGCCUAAUUUCAUUAAAAUCGAUUAUCUCCUUCAUAAUUAUCUAAUUUUUAUGUAGACAUCGACGAAAUGGUAACCUGUGCAGCAGUUGGUUGUAAGAAUUCGUCUAAUAAAGGUGUUAAAAUGAAUUGUUUUCCAAAAAAUGCUUAUCGCCGAAACGUAUGGAUAAGAAAUGCCAAACUGGAAAAUAAAAUAUUAAAUCGCUCUGCAGCAUUAUGUGAGUUUCAUUUUACCUCAAAUAUGUGGGAAAAGAUACGAAUCGAUGGAACAAAAAAACUUAAGUGUACAGCAGUUCCAACAAUAUUUGGAGAAUUAGUAACUCAACAAAAAAACAAAGCUAAAAUUAAUCAAAAUACUGCUAAUUUAAAUGGAAUUAAACAAUCUCAGAUAAUAAUAUCUAAGACAGAUUAUGAUGGUACUGUUACAAUAUCUAUAAAUAAUCUGAAAGAAGGUCAAUGUAAAUCAGAUAAUCUUCUAUCUGAUAUUGAAGAAGAAAAAGCAGUAACUCAUCAAAUAAACAAAAAAACUGUUGAAGAAGAAAUAGCAGAAUCAUAUAGUGAUGGAAACAUACAAGACGACACAUUGGUUUCAAAACGAGAACGCAGUUUGGAUAAACAAAAUUUAUUGUAUAUGGAAAAAAUUAAGAAAUUAGAAAAGCUGCUUCGGAAGUCAGAAUCACUACGAAUGAGUAUGGAAAAGAGAUAUAAACGUUUACAAAACCAAUAUAAAAACAGAAUUAAGGAAUUAAAAAAAAAAGUAUGCAUUAUCGAAUAGUUAUCCUACAGUUAUUUGACAACUUUUGCAGAUCAGAUACAGUUCUUUAAACAAAAAAUAUUAAAAAAUUCCAAAUGAUGUAAUGUAAUUAAAAUAUAUCACUUAAAAUUUGUGUGCAGCCUAUCAGGAUA